GAUGCACCUGAAUAUAAGCACCGAGGGAGUGGGACCUAUCCAAGAAGGCGGCCUCCCUGAGAUGUCCGCCCUAAGUUUCUGUCCUGCAGAUAUCUAUGGGUGGGGCUAAAAAGUGCCGGUAUAAAAAAACUUCGCACGAGGUAAAGUGAGGUAAAUCGAGGAAGUUGUCGGCUAUGUCUUUCAUUCUUUAAGCGCGUAAAUUAUUAGCUUUACCCUCGCCUCGUUUAUAUAAAUUGUUACAACUAUUUGUAUUGUUACUAUAAGUUUUAGGUUAACUUUUAAUAAUGGCUGAGAAGAUAGACAUUGAAGACAUGAAAGCAGCCAACGGCGAGGCUCACCACGACGAGCCCCUGGCCAACGGGUUGGACAGCCACAAGAAGAAGACCACCAGCCCGGAGCCGCUGUCCGCGCGGUUGCUCCGGAUCGUCCGGGCCAACCUGCUGGUCAUCCUCACCGUGGCCGGGGUCAUCGUCGGCGUCUUCAUUGGACUCGGUGUGCGCAACGUGGGCCUGACCAAGACCCAGGAAAUUUACGUCGGCUUUCCUGGCGAGAUCCUCAUCCGGCUCCUGAAGAUGAUCAUCAUCCCCCUGGUCGUGUGCAGCCUGGUGUCCGGGGCGGCCAGCAUCGACCCRAAAGCCCUGGGGAAACUCGGCGGGUGGGCCAUGCUCUUCUUUCUCAUCACCACACUCAUCGCGUCGUCCAUCGGGGUCGUGAUGGCGUUCAUCAUCAAGCCGGGGGCAGUCGACAAGCCCCCAACUGUCGACCUGAUCGAUGACAGCGUGCCGGCUCAUAAAGAAAUUAUAGACUCCUUCUUAGACUUGAUAAGAAACAUUUUUCCUUCCAACCUGGUGUCGGCUGCCUUUCAGUCUUAUGCAACUGCCUACAAGCUGAUAACAAGGAACGGCACAAAUGGAACCCUAAAUGUCACCGUAGAGAAGGUGCCCGUUGGUUCAGACCAAGACGGCAUGAAUAUUCUUGGCCUGGUGGUGUUUGCCAUCGUGUUUGGCGUGGCGUUAAGGAAGCUGGGCGAGGAAGGAGAGAUCCUGAUCAAGUUCUUCAAUUCCUUCAAUGAGGCCACCAUGGUGCUGGUCUCCUGGAUCAUGUGGUAUGCCCCUCUGGGUAUCAUGUUCCUCGUUGCUGGGAAGAUUGUGGAGAUGGACGACGUCGGCACGCUAUUUGCCAGUCUGGGAAAAUAUAUAGCCUGCUGCAUUAUUGGCCACGCAAUCCAUGGUAUCCUCGUGCUGCCGGGCAUCUACUUUAUCUUCACAAGGAAGAACCCGUACACCUUCCUUUGGGGGAUCUUCACGGCUUUGGCCACAGCUUUCGGGACCAGCUCCAGCUCUGCCACACUGCCCCUCAUGAUGAAGUGCGUGGAGGAGAAAAACGGCGUCUCCAAGCACAUCAGCCGCUUCAUUCUGCCCAUCGGUGCCACAGUCAACAUGGACGGAGCCGCUCUCUUUCAGUGRGUGGCUGCUGUUUUCAUUGCUCAGCUGAACGACUCGAGCCUCAACUUUAUCCAAGUCAUCACCAUCCUUGUGACAGCUACAGCGUCCAGUGUCGGAGCAGCUGGUAUCCCUGCAGGUGGUGUGCUGACUCUGGCUAUCAUUCUGGAAGCAAUAGGACUUCCAACCAAAGACAUUUCUCUCAUCCUGGCCGUUGACUGGAUUGUAGAUCGUACCUGCACCGUGUUGAACGUGGAGGGCGACGCAUUCGGAGCUGGACUCCUGCAGUGCUUUGUGGACCGCAAGCUCAAACACGAAGGCGGAGCCGAGCUGAGCGAGGUCAGGAUGGAGGGGGACUCGUCUGCCGCCGCCCCCGAGCACUCGCCGCUCAUAGAUAAACGAGGGCUGAGGGACAGCGCCGAAGGUUUCAAGUCUUCCAGUGAAAAAGAGUCGAUGAUGUAAUGCUGCUGCUGACACUUUCAGGGUCACUCCGGACAAGCCUGACGCUUCUGGAAACUAAAACUUAAGGUUCAAUUCCCACCCACCCCCAACCCCCCCAUUUAAAUUUUUUUUUUUCUUGUUUUAUUCCCUGCCUUGAAGAAAAGCGUGUAAGGAGUGAGGAUGGACGCGCACACUACAAUGCAGAAGAAACUCUUUGACCUCACCACCCUGUACAAAGUGGUGGUGGGAGGGUGUUUUUUUUCUUUUUAGGGGCACAUUGGUCUACAUUAGACACAUUUCUGUGCAUUUGAUUGGUCUGGGUCAACUUUAAAGUCAGAAUGUCUGUGACAUCAUUGAGUACAUCUAUAUCAGAUGACCAGUUUACACACCAGUGACCUUCAAGGUGCAGUCAGUAAAUGGAUAAAAAGUAAGGAAAUGGUGGAAAACAUUGCAAUAUAAAUGUUAAGGGUUGGUCUAAAUGCUUUUAAGAUGUUGUCAUAUCUCYUUUGUGUCACUGGUUGCUUCUGACAGCACUCCAUUUUCUAAAACGAGGACAUUUCUGACUUUAAAAGUUAAUGAGAGCCCCCCUUAAAGCAUAUUCUACUCAGUCAGUUUCCACGGUCAAUGUACAGAAGGUCAAAUGUGUCAGUCUCCUUUUAAUUUGUUAUAUAAUAAGGGUUGAUAUCUUACUUGUGAAACCCAGACAAGUAGGAUGUCAAAUGGAGCUAGGGUGGAACAUGUUUGAGUCGAGUAUAGCCACUUUCAUGCAGGUUUUAAUCAGUGCCGGCUGUCGUCUGAAUCACUGUAUUUUAUAUUGACUGUCAUAUAAAAUACAUUAGGGAUGGUAAUGUUUGCCAGUCUUAAGAUGCAAAUACUUGAUUUUGAAAAACAUGCAACAGCUGUGUAAUUUCUGCAUCUGGAAAACUCAGUUUUAUACAUUUGUAAAGGCUUUUCGCUAAUUUUUUGACCAAAAAACAUGGGACCAAUCAUUUAKAUGUUUAGUUUUCCUCUUUCCUUUUUGGAUCAUAACGCUUUGGCUAAGUGGUGCUUUUAAUGUGCAAGCACAGAUAACACUUAACAGGUACAGUUAAACGGAGGCAAAAAKCGAUUUCAGUCUAUUUAAUUUAUUACGGUAGUAUGAAUUUCACCUUUUUUAGUUCAUUUAAUUUCUUCAUAAGAACCAAAGGUACACAAUCAGUCUUUACCUGCACUAAACAAAGCUAUAGAGAGUUAAAUCUAUUUAGUUGUAUUGAUUUGCAGUAAUGUAUGAUAUUUGCAUUAUGUAGAUGCUAGAAAUCCCACUGCUACAUUUAGAUGUAAUUUAUCUUUAUGCCUUAAACCUGUAUAAAAAUGCCAUAUUAAUAUAUAGAAAAAUUCACAAAGAUUAGAUUUUGGAUGUCUUUGUGGGAGGGUUUGAAAGCUUUCAUGGACUAUUUGUGGCUAUGCAAAAGAACCUGUAAGAAUCUGUCCCGUGUUGAGAGUAAAGUUUUUAUUGUAUUCCAAAGGACGUCCGAUGACAUUAUAGCUUCGGUGCCGACUCAAAGUUUAAUGAAGAAUCGUGGAUGUAAGCUGACUGAUUUUUUUCUCACCUGGUUGACUCUGUUGGCCUCAGCUUGGACUUUUCUCCUUCAACUGCUUAGAAAAACUCUCAGACCAAAAAAGUAAGAGGCAAAUGAAGGAGACGACUGAUCUCUUGAGGAACUUUUAUUAUUAUUUUUUAAAUCUCCCUCGUUUUAUACGAGCCGUUUCUUCUGCUCCGGUGUUUUAAGAAAGUAUAAAUAGGUUUUAAAGCACAGUGUGAUGAUGACRGUCUGAUGGUGCAGCACGUGGUAUGAAUACUGUACAUGUCACGCUCGUGUCAAAUUACCUUCCACUGCAUGUGUGUCUUUACCCAGCCGGCUGCUGGGUUUUAAAUGAACUUUUGUAAGGGGGAUUUUAAAAUGUUUUCAGUAAUGAAACAAGUCAUUGUUUUGACUUCAGGCCUUACUGUCCAUUUGUUUAAAUUAUUAUUUAUUUUUUAUGAAAAUCCAAAGAAAUUUGUAGCCAUGUUUGGCAUGCUAAUUACUCCCAACCAGGUGUUUCACUCCUUCCAUGACUUCUCAGAACCAAAUGGGGCUAGACUGUUAUUUUAUAUCUUCUGCUUUUGUUUUGUCUCCAGUUUGUGGGCUGGAUGGUUGCGUUUUUGUGUGUUUGUGGUGUUCCAGUUUGCACACUGAAGCAAUCUUGUUAAAUGGAAAGUUGUUGCAUCCAUGUUUGUUUUCUCUCCCAUAUUUAAAACUAAAAAAUAAUUCUUGAAUGUCCCAAUUUUCCCCCAUUGGAUUGAAAGUACUUUGUGUCAUGAAAAAGUUGUUGAACUGUGAAGAAUUGUGUCACAGUUGUUGUUUUACCCUUUCCAGCUCAAGGUUGUAAAAAUGUUCUUGUUUGCUGAACAUCUUAAACCACAUGGAUGUGUCAGUCGUGGGUGUUUGUUCCAAUGAGGCUAUAAUUUAAAAGUACAACAAUAAAAAAAAWUUUUUUAAA